GUCCGUCCAUUAGGUGACCAUCCUGAUUUAGCAGACAGAGACGUUGGUACCUUUCUGGAGGAGAUAACAGGGGAUUUGAAUGGCAUCUUGUGGACUGCUGUGAGAGAAGGCGACUACACAGCUGUUCUACAGCUGGUUGAUGCUGUCAGUUCCUUGCUGAAUUCUGGGACAGAAAAAUUACCUGAUACAGAAGCAAGGGAACAGAUACGCAGUGAUAUGAUGGAGGCAGUAGGUAAUUUAACUAUUGACAGCCUAUCUACUGCCCAGCAAGCAGCAGAGACAUUGACCAAACUCACAGAACACACCACAGAGAUUACUGCAGACUCACAGACUUCAGGCAUGGACACAGUUGAAAGGUUAUCCCUAGUGUUGAGCAGUAGACAGAGGAAUGCAACUUUUACUGAAGUAGAGGACACUGCCACUAUGAUUCUACAAUCCACCUCUAACCUGUUAAAUGCCUCCAUGGAGGAGUCCAGAGAAGUGAAUAUCACCAACAUGACACAACCUGAGAGGGUCAAAGUGCAGAAGACCAGAUACAUAGCAAAUAAAGCACUGAAUGUCAUCAGCACUAUCUCAGACACUGUGCUGGCAAAGAAGGUGCCAGGGGAGGAACCCAUUGUUAUAGCCACCAAGACUUUGAGUGUCAAGUGUCAAAAAUUGGACCUGGACACAAUGAGUAGUUCCCGCCAACUGCAGGUGCCCCAGCUUAUUUCAGCAGAAGGGGGGAGUGAUGAGACACCACCAUGUAUGGUCGGCAGAUUUGCUUUACCUCCUGUUCAAAAUAUGCUUCGUGAUGGGCAUAAAAAUAUUUCCACUGCAGUUAAUUUGCAGAUGUUCUACAUGCCGGAGAAUCCAUUCACCUGGGAUGUUUCAGCUCAAGAUGUCACCUCCAGCUGCUCUGGUAUUAAAGUGAUUAUAGAUGGUGCUAGGUACCAGCCUGCCUGGCUGCCAGAACCAAUGGAUAUUUACAUCCCUGUUGGAAAAGCUGACAUGAACUGUGGUAUCACCCUCCUAAAACUUGAAGGAGGGACCAAUGGAACCAUGGAGGACGUCAUUUACUUCAAGUUUGAUGCUGAGACCAACAAAUCACAUCAGAUCACCAUCUGGCCAGUAGACAAUAAUACCACCCUGCAAGUUUACCUGAAAGCCAAUGCCAGGCCUAGCAAGGAAGAGAUCUUAAACAGCACUACACUUAUCCCAGUUCCUGAGGAGAUGCGUUAUCAUCAUGGCAACCAAAGUGCCAGUGGCUAUGUUCUGUUUGUCCCAGAAAAUAAAACCACUGAGGCAGACACUGUAUAUUACAUUGGGAUCACUUUAUUAAAUACAAGUGAUUUUGGGAACAGUGAGUCUGGACAUAACAGUGAUUUUUAA